AUGGUCUUCCGUCAGAGCGCGACCAGAGCCAGAACGCAGAGUCCAGAAGCCAUAGAAGCCAGAACCAGCAGCCAAAGAGCCAGAAGCCAGAGCAGAACCAGAGCCUCGAGCCAGGGCCAGAACCAAGCCAGAACCAGAACCAGAGCCAGAAGCCAGAGCCAGAGCCCAGAGCCAGAACCAGAGCCAGAGCCAGAGGCCGAGAAAGCAGAGCAGAGCCAGAACCAGAGCCAGAGGCCAGAGCCGAUCUCAGAGCAGAACAGAGCCAGAGCCAGAGCAACAGAACCCGAGAAACCAGAGCCAGAACCAGAGCCAGAUCCAGAGCCAGAACCAGAGCCAGA